CACAGAAUCCCCACAACCCUUCGCGUUUCCUCUUUCAGCAGCGUUUGUGAUCAUGGCGGCUGUGCUUACGGAGCAGGUAUCGGAUCAGAAACCAGUCCACGACCGAGAGAUGAACGGCGAGGAGGAAGACAGGGAAGAGCUCGAUCCGGCGGAGGAGACAGCGAAAAAGAAGAAGAAAAAGAAGAAGAAGAACAAGUCCGCGACAACAGGCACCGAGGCGGAGGCAAAUGGAGUGGCCGAAGUGACCAAACAGCUGGAGAAGCAGGCAAUAGAAGACAAAGACAAGGAGGAGGAGGGCGAGGAAGAUGGAGAUGACGGAGAAAACUCAGCAGGGAAAAAGAAGAAGAAGAAAAAGAAGAAGAAAGGAUCCAAGUCUCAGACUGAUCCCCCGUCUGUGCCCAUCAGUGAGUUAUACCCAAGUGGAGUGUUCCCUGUUGGGCAGGAGUGUGAAUACCCCGCCCCACAGGACGGUCGCGGUGCAUCAUGUCGUAUGACCAACGAGGAGAAGCGGGUGCUGGACAAAGCCAAUGAGGAGGUGUGGAAUGACUUCAGGCAGGCAGCUGAGGCCCACAGACAGGUCCGCCAACAUGUCCGCAGCUUCCUCAAACCCGGACUGACCAUGAUCGAAAUCUGCGAGCGGUUGGAGGACUGCUCUCGUAAGCUCAUAAAGGAGAACGGGCUGAACGCCGGCCUGGCCUUCCCCACCGGCUGCUCCCUGAACCAUUGUGCUGCCCACUACACUCCGAAUGCUGGAGACACGACCGUCCUGCAGUAUGAUGAUGUCUGCAAGAUUGACUUUGGCACGCACAUCAACGGGCGAAUCAUUGACUGUGCCUUCACUGUCACAUUUAGCCCAAAGUAUGACAAGCUGCUGGAGGCUGUGAGGGACGCCACCAAUACUGGAAUAAAGAAUGCAGGUAUUGAUGUGCGUCUGUGUGAUGUCGGAGAGGCCAUUCAAGAGGUGAUGGAGUCCUAUGAGGUGGAGCUAGAUGGCAAAACUUACCAAGUGAAGCCGAUCCGAAACUUGAACGGUCAUUCAAUCGGUCAGUACAGAAUACAUGCUGGAAAGACUGUGCCCAUUGUUAAAGGAGGAGAAGCAACGAAAAUGGAGGAGGGAGAAGUUUAUGCCAUCGAGACCUUCGGCAGCACAGGCAAAGGUGUGGUCCAUGAUGACAUGGAGUGCUCUCAUUACAUGAAAAACUUUGACGUUGGCCACGUGCCCAUCAGGCUGCCCAGAGCAAAGCACCUGCUGAAUGUGAUCAAUGAGAACUUUGGCACGCUGGCGUUCUGCCGGCGUUGGCUGGACCGCCUGGGCGAGAGCAAGUACCUGAUGGCCCUGAAAAACCUGUGUGACCUGGGCAUCGUGGACCCCUACCCUCCCCUCUGCGACACCAAAGGCUGCUACACGGCUCAGUUCGAACACACCAUACUGCUCAGGCCCACCUGCAAGGAGGUGGUGAGCCGGGGAGACGACUACUGACGUCCCCACCCUUCAAGACCACCACCACCAGACCCCCCUCACCACCACACAGCAACUCCUCCUUCAGAAAAACAGCAAAAAAGAGCUUCCAGGACAGGAAGUGGUUGUCUCAGUGCAGCAGUAAAGGAUGACAUAUGCUACUGUAAUCUCCCUAAAAUGCAAAACUCACGGCUUGCAGGAGGGCUGACUGGCUUUGUUUUCUAUCAUCAACCACAGCUAAAGAAACUGUAAACAAGUCAACAUGUUUCUGUUGGAGGAAGCAUUGUCAUUUCCUUCAGUGUCCUGUGAACUUCAUUUCACAAAACAUAAAGCGGUAACUGUUAAA